GGAGGCGCCGCGUGCUGACGUGGAUCUGGGUCCAGCAGCCCACCCGGGCGCGCGGUGGAGUGCCGGGGUGCGGCUGGGCUAGUGGAGCCGUGGCCCAGCCGGGAUGGCGACGCCGAUCGCUCCGCGCCGGGGAGCCGGCGCUACCGGCCGGGGCUGGUUGGUGCUGCUGCCGCCCCUGCUGCUGGCGGUACUGCUGCUGCGGCCCGCGGCGGCCCUGGUGGAAGGGCUCUACUGCGGCACGCGGGACUGCUACGAGGUGCUGGGGGUGAGCCGCACGGCGGGCAAGGCGGAGAUCGCGCGGGCCUACCGCCAGCUGGCUCGGCGCUACCACCCCGACCGCUAUCGGCCAGAGCCCGGCGACGAGGGCCCCGGACGGACGCCGCAGAGCGCUGAGGAGGCCUUCCUGCUGGUGGCCACCGCCUACGAGACUCUUAAGGAUGAAGAAACUCGAAAAGAUUAUGAUUACAUGCUGGAUCACCCAGAAGAGUACUACAGCCAUUACUACCACUACUACAGCAGGCGCUUAGCCCCUAAAGUGGACGUGAGAGUUGUGAUCUUGUUUUUCAGCUGGUGGAACAGCUACAACAAGGCAAUCAGCUACCUGGCCACGGUGCCCAAGUACCGUAUCCAAGCCAUGGAGAUUGCCAAGCAGCAGGGAUUGCUGAGAAAAGCCAAAGAGAAGGGCAGAAACAAAAAGUCCAAAGACGAAAUUCGCGACGAGGAGGAGAACAUCAUAAAGAACAUUAUAAAAAGUAAAAUAGAUAUAAAGGGAGGCUAUCAGAAACCCCAGUUCCGUGACCUUCUCCUGUUUCAAAUUCUCUUAGCUCCCUUUCACCUGUGCUCAUAUAUAGUCUGGUAUUGCCGGUGGAUCUAUAAUUUUAACAUCAAAGGCAAAGAAUAUGGGGAAGAAGAAAGACUAUAUAUCAUACGUAAAUCUAUGAAGAUGUCAAAGUCUCAGUUUGAUAGUCUAGAAGAUCAUCAGAAAGAAACUUUUCUUAAACGGGAGCUUUGGAUAAAGGAGAAUUAUGAGAUGAACUUCAGGGCUUCCCUGGUGGCACAGUGGUUGAGAGUCCGACUGCCGAUGCAGGGGGCACGGGUUCGUGCCCCGGUCCCGGAAGAUCCCACAUGCCGCGGAGCGGCUGGGCCCGUGAGCCAUGGCCGCUGGGCCUGCGCGUCCGGAGCCUGUGCUCCGCAACGGGAGAGGCCAUGGUCUACAAACAGGAACAAGAAGAGGAACUAAAGAAAAGAUUAGCAAAUGAUCCUAGAUGGAAGAGAUAUAGGAGGUGGAUGAAGAAUGAAGGGCCUGGACGGUUAAUGUUUGUGGAUGACUGAAGAUUGCUGGAAUGCUACUAUGCCAAACCUUAAUUGUGAUACUAUUUUCAUAACUGAAUUAUUUUAGAAAUGUACUGACUGUUCCUCAGCAGUAACUAAAACUCCUCAAGUAUUUGAUUAAACAGUAUAAUGUAGAAAUUUAAACUUUCCCUUCAAACUUUAUACAUAAGACAUUUAUGAUUGUUCAAUUUUUAUAAUCAAUUUGUGGAUUUUGUUAAAAGAUUUGACAUGAAGAUUUAUUAGUUGCCAUUUAAAAAUUUUAUAUGUUUGGUUAAAAAAUCUGACAUGAAAAUUUAUUAGAUACCAUUUAAAAAUUUUACGUGUUAAGUGUUUAUUCUUCCAAAGUGUUUCCUUAUUUUGUUAUAGUGCUACAUUUUUCUGCUUUCGUGGCCUCUAUUAGUUUCACAAAACAUAAAAAUUAUAACAGCGUUUAAUUACAUUUUUGAGUGUCUUUCUAGACACAGACUUCUUCAGCAAAACUAUUCAACCAUCAUGUCAUCUUUACGACAGUCAUUGUAGGUUUGACUUAUGUUCAAAAUAUCUCUCUAGGAGAGUCUUCUGCUGGACUGUCUUUAUAAUAUCUCCCCCCAGUCAUAAUAUUCUUACUAAGAUCAGAAACUCUCCAGGAGAGUGAAUCUACCUUCAUGUCCUUGUAGGAUGAGCUUGAUUACAGUCAUUAUAGGACUAUAACUGUAUUCUCAAACACUUCUCCAGAAAGAACCUUGUAAGAAGGUCUUUUGUACCACAGUAUUGUUUUACCCCCCUUCAAUUAAAAAAAAAAAGAGCAGAAAUAGUGUCAUGAAAAGUUCAUAUAUUAUGAAGUCCUUGAGUGGUGAAAAAUACAUUUUAUGUGAGCAUAUUUACAUGCAUAUAAACCAGAAAGAAGGGGUGCAUGGCUGUGUGCUGUUCUAUCAAACAAUGACAUGUAAAUGUUUUAUACGUGUGAAAGUGAAAGUAAUUCACACAUAAUUUGACUGAAUCAAGUAUGAUACUGCAGCAAAGUAUCGAAACACAUUCAUGGUAGUGAAUCAAUACUCCUGUUAAAAGACAUAUCCCAGUCCAUCAUAUUAAUAAAACGGUUGCAAUAUAUCACAAGUUUGUUGGUAUGACAUUUUAAGUCAAAGAUUAACAUAUUGCUUUUGCAUUAUAUAACUGUAAAAGACAUAGCAUAAAAGUGUAGCAUAGUAGCUAUGCAGAGUCUGUUUCUAUUCAAAGUAAACUAGUCCUUUCAAGAGCUCAGCCCAAAUAUGUGACACAUACAGAGAUGCAGGAGGGAAGAGUUCCAUCCGUGCUAAUAUAGCAAAAGGCCUGAGGUGGGUUAUUUAGCCUGUGAGUGAAGGCCUCAAUUCCUCAUUAGAAAAUUAGGGGAGGAGUUUGACCAGAUUAUCACUAAGGCCUUUUGCAGCUCUAAAAUUCUGAAAUUAUAUAAUAUUUAUAUUUUUGUAAACUUCAGAUGAAAGUGUUUUAUGCAGUCAUUAUUAUUUGGGAGGGUGGAGAAAUUACAGUGCUAAAUUGUAGGAAGCUGUGCUUCAAACCCCAAAUGCCCAACUCUAAACCAUAGGUAAAUGCCUUUGAAAAGUGCUGUGGUUGCAGUCAGUAACCCCUGUCCCAGUGGAGAUGUUACCACACCCGUGCCACACAACAGCAUCAUCACUUAAGGUUCGACGUGGGUACCAUAUGUUAUGCAGACCAGAAAGAAAUGGAGGCUCUUGCCCUUCUGUUAAAAUUUCAAAUAAAUGUAUGAGUAACUGUAUUUCAAAAAAACCUAGUGAUAAGGAAAAAUAGGAGGACUGACUACGUUAGCGUUCAUAAAGGUUGGCUGAUAAAAACUAUGUAUCUUUGGAUAUUAUUUUGCAUAUAUGCUAGAUUGCUGUAUUUCUUUCUGUCUUUAUAUAGAAGUCUUAUUUCUGGAAUUGUUCCUGGCAGCCUGCUCACUUGGUAAAAGUUUGGUUGGUCUUUUGGAAUCAUGGUCCCUGUAUGGGUGAGAUGCACGGACUCUCCUUAACGGAAGGACUAUGAUUCUUUUCUCCCCUUCCCUCAACAAAAUGGCUUUAUGCUUCAAAACCCUGGAGGAAAGGAAGGGCAAUUAGUUGUGUCACAAGUGUUCACAUAUGUUGGGUAUCUUUACUAUCUGCAUACUCUGCCAGUCCCCCACCAGAGAACCAAAAGCUUCUCCAUUUCAGAAACACUUGGAGAAGAAUCCUGGGUAGGGGAUCCCAGAACCCUACUAUAGUUAGAAAAUUUCUCUUGUGCUUCAUUUUAGGGCUAUCACCAUUUCCUCCUUGCUUGGAAUUCAGGGGUUUAUAGAGCAUAGCUGCUUAUUGCUUUCUAUUAUCACUUCCUAUAAUUGAGGUCUGUGCUAAAAUUACCCUUUAGGGUUACUUACAUUGAUGUCAGAUAUCCUCACAGCAGUUUCUAAAACUGACCCUUCCCUCACUGGUCUUAUUUCUUUAUGAAUUCUCCAAGUUCUACAAAUCCUGGGUUGCAGUUUCAUAACACAUCUAUCAAGUAGGGGCCAUGAGUAGAAUUUUAAACACUACAAGUGGUAUACAGAAAUUUAAAAUGUUACAUGAAAAAAUAAUUCAGUUUAUAGAAUUAACUAUUUUAGUACUACUGAAUUUAUGUUUAGAAAAACAGUAGUUUUAUUUACUUUGAGAUUUUUUUGGACUGAAAUGGCAGGAAACUUUUAACACCCACCCAUUGGAAAUAUUUCCUUGAGUAGAAGCCAACUGCUAAGCUAACAUGCAGCUAGUAUUAUGGACCAGUGUGCCAGCCCCAUGCUGAAAGUUCUGUGGAAAUUAAAGAGAAAUAGCUUUUAGUAGACAUUAGUAUGAACAGGUCUAGCUACUUAAAGACUUUAAAUCAGAGAUGGUCUCUGUUGAGUUAUAAUUGUGCAGUUGAGGCAGAUAAAUGUUGGUAUUGACACAAAAUAGCUGUGUACGGAUGAAUUUCUUUUUCUUUUUUAGCUGCAGCAUGCGGACUUCUUAGUUGUGACAUGUGAACUCUUAGUUGCAGCAUGCAUGUGGGAUCUAGUUCCCCAGCCAGGAAUCGAACCCAGACCCCCUGCAUUGGGGGCAUGGAGUCUUAUCCACUGGACCACCAGGGAAGGCCCCGGAUGAGUUAUAAUUAAUUUUAUUUACC